GUAGCAAACAUGGCUGCCUCCAACGAGAGGAAACGUUUUUGUCGCUGUUGAGGCUUUUUUUUUUUAUAAAUUCGUCUUUCUCGUCGGACAAGAUGGAGAAACUGUUGUCAUCCACUGAGGAAAAAGAGCGAGAAGAAGAGACUGAGGAACAAGAAGGAUCUGAAGGAGAAGGAUCUGGAAAAGGAGGAUCUGAAGAAGGAGUAUCUGAAGAAGAAGGAUCUGGAAAAGGAGGAUCUGAAGAAGGACCUGAAGAAGAAGGGCAAGUAAAUGAUGAUAAUGUAGAGGCCAAUGGAGAUGAUGAAGCAGAGGAAACGGUACAGGCUGCAGAGGAAACGGCACCGGCCACAGAUGAACCAGAGAAGGCUCCCUUGCCUGCUCAGGCUAAAGACAAAAAGCAGGCCGAUGUCCUGAACCUCAACAAUGAGGUGGUGAAGAUGAGGAAGGAAGUGAAGCGAGUGAGAACUUUGAUCAUCCGCAAGCUGACGCGACAGAUUGGUGCCCUGAAGAAGAAGAAGGGGAAAGAGGCUGAAAUUGAGAAGAAUCAGAGGAGAGCUGCCAGGCUGCUGGAGGAGGUCCAUGCCAUGAAGGUUCUCGCACCAGACGUGGUGACCAAGAAAGCCUUGCAGAAGAAGCUUAAUUUUGAAGAAGUGUGUAAAAACACCAAGUCUUCUAUUUCUGACCGGGCUGUAGCACGCAUCGCCACACACCCUCAGUUCGACAAGAAGAUCGAGGCCAUCAAAGCUGCAGUGAAAGCUUUCAAAGAUGAGAGGAUGAACUGUGGGAAGCAGGGAGGAAAGGCGCAAAACAAAUCUGAAAAAGUAAACUUGCCGUGUCCGGACAAAAGAGGAGAAAAAACAAGUGAGAAAAAAGAGGAGGAUGUUACAGUGCAGCUAAAGGAAAUAGCAGACAACAAGGAAGAAGAUGUGAUCCUUGAAGACUCUAAAGAUGAACCUAAACCUGAAAUUGACAUUGUAAUAGAAGCUAAAUCAGCUGAUACUGCUGACGUCCUACCGGAACAAAUACCAGAGUCUGAGAGUGUAGAACAGGCACCAACAAAACCUAGCAAUGAAAAAGUCCCUGUAAAAAAUGAACCUCAAUGUAAAGAUGCAGGUAAGAAGCCGAAUGUUGCAGUGUAUAAGAAAAGGGAAGAGGAAGCAGAGAGCGAGUUAGACUCAUCAGAUGACGAGGAGAAAGAAUACUUUGAUGACAGCACAGAGGAACGCUUCCACAAACAGUCCUCCCAGUCGGAGGAGAGUGAAGAUGACUUCUUUGUAGGAAAAGUGAGUAAAUUUAAGAAGAAGAGGAAGCAGAAUGUUGUAGAAGGGGAAAGAAAGGUUGAGAUGGUGCAGGGAGGAAAAGGAGAAUCCACCAAUAAGGUGAAAACUUCAGACAAGGUCCAGCGAGAACUCGAUGAGCUUGAGUCCAGGCUGAAGUCUAAAGCGACCUCACUUAAGUCUGUGUUCUGUUCUUCCCUCUCUGGGUCUAAGCAGGCUGCAGGCAGAGGGAGAGGUGGAGAUAAAUUCAGGGGCCAAAGAAAACCAAAUGGCAACAGUGGUUUCAAUAGAGAUUCCAGAUUCCAGGGUUCAGGAGAAGAAAGAAAUUCAGGGUACAGCAAGCCCUGUCCUGAAGGCAGAUGGCAAGAGACAGAAGACAAGAGCUUUGCAUCUGCUGGCAGAGGGCGAGGCAGAGGGAGGGGGCGAGGCAGAGGCGAAGUUAUGAGGCAAAACAUGUCAGUGGGUCGGGGUGCCACUUCCCAUCAGCCACCACAGCAGACACUGCAUCCAUCCUGGGAGGCGAGUAAGAAAAGAAAGGAGCAGCAAGGACAAAUCAUGGCCUUCCAGGGGAAGAAGAUCAAGUUUGAUGAUGAUGACUGAAUCAGCUUUUCUUCUUGUAAAUGUCAUGUACAUACCGAGUGACUCAGUCUUUUGUGAUCAAUUGUCACUUACGAUGUUCUAUCAUGUUGUUUUUAAAGGGUGUAAAAGGACAAUGGCUUGAUAUUUCUUGAAAACCACCGUAAGAAACAUUCAAAUCUAAGCUGCAAAACAUGUCACGGAAGUUUAUGACUUUGUGUUAUAGGUUUCGAGUUAACAUGUUCAAUAACAUGCAAUUUGUAAGGAUGUGCUAUACUGUAUAUUCUAUAUUCUUGCCUUUUAUAUCCUAAUAUGUAUUUGGUGAUAUAAAAGCAGUGAUUGUUGUUAUUUUUACUCUUUGUCUGACAUGAUUUUUAAUCCUAAAUUAAAUUGAUGGGUAAGGAUGCCAGGA